AUGGAAGGGACAGCUUGGGGAAUACUCCAAAACACCGUUGGAAAUAAACCAUCUAUUCCACUUUAUGAUAGAACGUGCAUGUUGGGAAGAGGAAAUCCAGCGAUGAAUAUAACGACAUUGACUAUUUCAUCGCAACACUUCAUGAUACAAGCGAAGGAAGACGAAAAGAAAGGGGAGAAGAAAUACUCGUUGACUGAUACAUCAACGAAUGGGACUUAUCUGAAUCAAACUGUUGUUGGGAAGAAUGGGAGAGUUGAAAUUCAGUUGUAUGACGAAAUCAGUCUGUUGUCACCAAUUAAAGAGAAAGAGUCGGCGUCAUAUAUGUUUCUUGUGUUUGACAAAUUAAAGGAAGAGGAGGAGAAUGGGGGACCCCAGAAGAAAUACAAUUUUGGGAGAUUAAUUGGGAAGGGCUCAUUUGCGCGAGUCCGGGAAGUGACAGACAAAGCGACGAAUAAGAAAUACGCGAUGAAAAUUAUUGACCGGAACAAUACGUCUGUUGUAAGCGACGAGAAACAGAUUUUUAACGAGUUUGAAAUACUCAGAAAGAUGUCGCAUAAGAAUGUUAUAGGGCUUUAUGAUGUUUUUUUAACGCCAUCAACACUGUAUAUUGUCUUUGAAUUGGUAGACGGGGGUGAUUUGUUCCAUCUGUUAGAACAGAAGGGGUGUUUGAAUGAAAUGGAGUGUCGACUUGUGAUGCAACAACUGCUCCAGGGGUUACAAUACCUCCACCACAAUCACGUCAUUCAUAGAGAUAUUAAACCCGAAAACUUGUUGUUGACAAAGACAAACGUUGUGAAGAUCAGUGACUUUGGACUGAGCAAAUCUAUCAACCACACGGUAGCAAAAACGUGUUGUGGGACACCUAUGUACGUCUCUCCGGAAGUGUUGAGUGGGAAGGCUUACGACGAGAAAACGGACGUGUGGAGUGCCGGUGUUGUGUUUUACACCCUUGUGUGUGGAUUUCAACCAUUCACAACGACAGAGAAAGACACAGGGAAUCGGGAGUUGUUUGAUCGUAUUGAAAAUGGCCAUUACAAAUUUCCAUCACCGUAUUGGGACAACAUCUCGACUGAAAUUAAAAACUGCAUUCAACUCAUGCUUACAGUGAAUCCAAUGAAGCGCCCGACCGUCCGCGAAUGUCUGUUAUUCCCAUUCUUUUCGGGGAAGAAGAGAGAAAGAGGUGAUUUUUAUCAACCUUCUCCGAAGAGAUAUUACACUGACUGA